AGGCCGAUUUUGUUAAAUACCCAGAUAAAAAAGCCAAAAUCAUCCCACUAUUAUGGCGUCAUGUGCAGACCACUAGCCAUCAGCCAACCCUCAAAAUAUUAUUCAAUUCAAUAUUCCAAAUCGAUGACCUAACUUUUCUUUUCUGACCCUCGCGCGCACAUCCUAUCCUAUCCCCUGCAUCCAUAUUUUCUUAACCAACCUCCUCGGUUACUGGAUUUACACCAUCUCCUGCAAUUCAUUUCACCUCACUCACUUCUUCGUACUAAGUAGAGCAAGAUAUGGCACUUUAUAUUAUAUCGCGGCGAGUCUCUGGUGGCGGAUUAACGACUUCGCAAUUGGUAGGGGCGUUGCGUUAUGGCAGUUGUUGGAGAUCUUAUUCGACCGCGUUUAGGGAAGAAAGGGACACUUUUGGCCCUAUCUUAGUUCCCUCCGAUAAGCUUUGGGGGGCACAAACUCAAAGGUCAUUGCAGAAUUUUGAUAUUGGCGGCCCGCGUGAGCGAAUGCCCGAACCUAUUGUUCGUGCCUUUGGCAUCCUCAAGAAAUGUGCUGCCAAGGUAAAUAUGGAGUAUGGUCUUGAGCCGGCGAUAGGAAAAGCAAUCAUGCAAGCCGCACAAGAAGUAGCUGAGGGGAAGUUAACUGAUCAUUUUCCACUUGUCGUAUGGCAAACUGGUAGUGGCACUCAAAGUAACAUGAAUGCCAAUGAGGUUAUUGCUAAUAGAGCAGCUGAAAUCCUUGGGCAUAAGCGUGGUGAAAAGUUUGUGCACCCAAAUGACCAUGUUAACAGAUCUCAGUCUUCUAAUGACACAUUCCCAACUGUAAUGCAUAUUGCAGCGGCAAUGGAAAUAAAUUCAAGACUAAUUCCAAAUUUGAGUACCUUGCAUAAUUCACUGCAUUCAAAGUCCGUUGAAUUUAAGGAUAUUGUCAAAAUUGGGCGCACUCACACUCAAGAUGCAACACCUUUGACUCUUGGGCAAGAAUUUAGUGGCUAUACUACACAAGUGAAGUAUGGCAUUGACCGAGUCAUGUGCACUCUGCCUCGCAUGUAUCAGCUUGCACAGGGUGGCACUGCUGUAGGAACUGGAUUGAACACAAAGAAAGGGUUUGAUGUAAAGAUUGCUGCUGCAGUAGCUGAGGAAACAGACUUGCCUUUUGUCACAGCAGAAAACAAGUUUGAAGCUUUGGCUGCACACGAUGCUUUUGUUGAAACCAGUGGAGCCCUCAACACAAUUGCUACUUCUCUAAUGAAAAUCGCCAAUGACAUACGCUUAUUAGGAAGUGGUCCCCGUUGCGGCCUUGGUGAACUCAUUCUUCUUGAAAAUGAGCCAGGCAGCAGUAUCAUGCCUGGAAAAGUCAAUCCGACUCAAUGUGAAGCACUCACAAUGGUCUGCGCUCAGGUUAUGGGGAACCAUGUGGGCAUCACAGUGGGUGGAUCGAAUGGCCACUUUGAGCUAAAUGUAUUCAAGCCAAUGAUUGCUAGUGGUCUCCUACAUUCAGUGAGAUUGCUGGGCGACGCAUCUGCUUCCUUUGAGAAGAACUGUGUAAGAGGAAUUCAAGCUAAUAGGGAAAGGAUAGCAAAAUUACUUCAUGAGUCAUUGAUGCUCGUCACAUCCUUGAAUCCUAAAAUUGGUUAUGACAAUGCUGCUGCAGUUGCCAAGAAGGCCCACAAGGAGGGAACUACACUGAAGGAUGCUGCCUUGAAACUUGGAGUACUCACGUGUGAAGAAUUUGAUAAUCUUGUGGUGCCCGAGAAAAUGAUUGGCCCAUCUGACUGACUGACAAGCUCGUGAGAAUUUUGGUUCUGGCUUUAACAUCGGUUUUGAAGAUGUUCUAUUUUUGCACCAUUUGCCUCCCUUCUAAUCGAGUCAAUUGUUAGAAAUCCAACGAUGAUUUCAUUUUUAUUAAUUAAAAACAAUGUUCCUUUGGCUUUCCAAUAGCCUCGUGUCUAUUUUUGAUAUUUACUUCGUGACAAUGUAGGAAAUAGUUGGCAAAUAAGGGGAAAGCCACCCUCACUUUGUGUUGAGCCGUUGAGGUGUACUAAAGAAAGUUACAUACAAGAGAAUUAAUCCGACUAAUUUUGAUUAUAA